GAUGGGCGUGUGUGUUUACUUUCUGUUUCUAAAUAAAAACACUCCUUGAACUCGAACAGUACAGAGCCAGCGAUUAAACUCUCCCUGAAACAAUAAGCCUUUAAAAUCAGAGAAAUGAUGAACUGCUGCGGUUUGCUGACUGUCCAGAAAGAGCCAGUCCCUCUGAAGAGCAUUGAGGUGGAGCUGGAGGUGAGGGACCAUGUGGCUACAGUGGUCUCCACUCUGAACUACCAGAACAAAGAGGACAAACCCAUCGAGGCGGUUUUUGUCUUCCCUCUGCCUGGAGAUGCCGCUGUCUGUCAUUUCAGUGCCAAGAUGGGACAGAAGGAGAUUGUGGCUGAGGUGAAGGAGAAACAGGAGGCUCGUGAGGAGUAUGAUGAUGCUUUGAGCUCCGGUCAGCAGGCUUUCCUGCUGGAGGAGAGUGAUCAGAGUCCAGAUAUUUUCUCAAUGAGUGUGGGCUGUCUGCCUCCAGGAGAGAGCGCCUCCAUCAGGCUGGAGUACGUCACUGAGCUGGCAGUGCAGGCUGACGAGGGGCUGAGGUUUUGUCUGCCUGCUGUGCUCAACCCUCGAUACACACCUCAGGGUAGUGAAGCUCCAGCCGUCCAGGUGAACUCUGUUCCAGCCUCUCUGGUUCCUUACAGUCUGUCUUUUUCUGCUCGAGUGUCCUCUCCUCGUCCCAUCUCUAAAGUGGAGUCCAGCUGUUCCCUGGAUCCUCUCCAGUUCCUGAACACAGACCAAACCCAGGCCACGGUGAAGCUGGGUGCAGGACACAAGUUUGACAGAGAUGUUGAAGUGCUGAUAUAUUACAAAGAUGCCCACCAGCCCACUGCUGUGGUGGAAGCAGGACAGGCCUCUGCAAAACCUGGCACUCUGAUGGGUGAUCCAGUGGUGAUGGUGAGCCUGUUCCCUGAGUUUCCUCAGUCUGUCAUGUCUUCAGUGGCUUCCUGUGGAGAGUUUGUGUUCCUCAUGGAUCGAUCUGGAAGUAUGGACUUCAAUAUCAAUAGCAGCCGGCAGCAAGAAACCCGGAUAGGCAGUGCCAGGGAUACUCUGCUGCUGCUGUUGAAGAGUCUACCAAUGGGCUGCUAUUUCAACAUCUACAGUUUUGGAUCCAGAUAUGAGCACAUCUUCCCUCAUAGUGUGGAGUACAGUGAGAAGACCAUGGAAGAGGCUCUGAAGGUGGUGGAAAAGAUGAAGGCUGAUCUUGGAGGGACGGAGAUCCUGGAGGCUCUGCAAGACAUUUACAAACAGCCCUGCAUUCCCAAGCAGCCCAGACAACUGUUCAUCUUUACUGACGGGGAGGUGGACAACACCAAACAAGUUUUAGACCUGGUGAAGAAGAAUUCUGGCUCCCACAGGUGUUUCUCCUUCGGGAUCGGGGAAGGAGCCAGCUCUGCUCUCAUCAACGGGUUGGCCAGAGAGGGAGGGGGUCACGCUCAGUUCAUCACAGGAAGUGACAGGAUGCAGCCAAAGGUGAUGCAGUCGCUGCGUUUCGCUCUGCAACCGGCUGUGAAAGACGUCUCAGUCACGUGGGAUUUACCGAAGGGAACCUCUGUCAUGGUUGUCCCUCCACCCAUCACCACCAUCUUCCAGGGUCAGAGGACGCUGCUGUAUGGCCGACUCACUGGUCAGAGUGCAGAGGCAGCACAGGGCGGUGUGACGGUGAAGUACAGCCUUUCUGGAAGUCCCAGUCAGACUCAGCUACUCUUUGAUCUCAAGCCAAAAGAAGACACUGGAUUAACAAUACACAGGUUGGCUGCUCGGACUCUGAUUCAAUCCCUGGAAAUGGAGGACAUAGACAACUUGGAAAAGGAUGAUUAUGAAGCGAAGAAGAAGAAGGUGGUGGAGCUCAGUGUCCAGUCGGGAGUGAGUAGCGCCUUCACUGCUUUCGUUGCUGUCAACCGAGACAGCGGCGAGGCGACUCACGGACCCCUGGUGCGCAGAGAUAUUCCUGUGCCCAUGGCGAUGGGAAUGAUGUCUUCAAUGGUGUUGGGCUGUGCUGCCAUGGAUAUGGAUUGUGUUCAAGAAAUGCUGAUGAGCAGAAGUAUUGGUGGCGUUCAAGAUUUAUGCUAUGAUGAGGGUGACGACGAAGAACCAUUAUCAGGUAAUGGGUGCAGAAGUAUUGGUCAUUAUCAAUAUUUCUGCGACGAUGAGGGUGACGACUAUGAACCAUUAUCAGCUGACGGGUCAGUAGGUCUUGAUGAGAUCGAGGUUAUUCCUCCCAAACAGCCCCCCAGAGACCCCUUUCUGCAGCUGGUGUCCCUCCAGAAGGCGUCUGGCUGCUGGCUGCUGGAUUCAGCUCUGGCUGCUGCUCUGGGAAAGACCUGUGAGGAAGUGGAAAAUUCUAAACCUGCACUGAUCAACAAUGAAGUGUGGGCGACCGUCCUCGCUCUGAUCUGGCUUCAUGGAUUCAAGAGUGACGCAAAGGAGGAGUGGGAGCUUCUGUCCAUGAAGGCUGUCUUGUGGCUUCGUGCUCAGAAAGCAUCGUAUUUAUCAGAAAGUGUGGAAGCUGGAAAAGUACUUUUGGGAUGUAGCUUCCAGAAAGAUGUUCUUGAGCUCUGAAGUUAACUUUGAGCCAACGUCUUGCUCAGCAUAUGGACACCAGAAUGAGCUUCAUCUGCAGUCUCGCAUUUUCAUCAACUACCAACCUUUACUGAUAUUUGAACCAUUUCAUUUGUCCAGAAGCAUGAAUGUCACAAGGUAAAAAAAAUGUUCACUGUUUCUCAUCACUGUUACAGCUUUGUGCUUCACAUUCAUGAUAAUAAACAAUUGCGGUACCUGCAUACUCCCUCAUUCAGUGCUACGUCAUCAAAAUUGAACAAAAUUGUGCAUUUGUUCAAAAACCCAUGUGAAGACUGUCUCCGUGGUUUCAGGACUUUUUUUCUUUUGCCAUAGUACCGUUUUUAACCAAUGCGGUACUUAUAUUCAUUUUAUCAUCAUCCAUGUGGUUCAGUGGAGAGAGCAGUCGUCCUACAAUCGGGAGUUCAAUUCCUGGCUCCUCCUGUCUACAUGGCGAAGUGUUCUUGGGCAAGACACUGAACCCUGAACUGCCCCCAGUGUUGUACGUUGCUUUGGACAAAAGCGUCUGCCAAAUGGAAUUGUAGAAUCAUUGAGGUGAUAGCCAGCCCCCUAUCAACUCGGUCCCAAGUAACUUUUCCAAUGGAACAGAGCACAUUUAGAGCAGCUGCACGUUGUUUUUAUUUUUUUAAUUCUCGUUAACGUCUGUGUGCCUCUGCAAUCAGCGGAUGGUGCGUUCAGGAGCGUCGGAAUAUUAGUUACUACUGAAAAUAACCAGGGUUACAAUGGCUACAUGUGAAGGAUUUGUGUGAGUCCCCCCCGUCCCACCCUAAACUGAUGCCUAUGUGCAGAUGGUUUUAAUGAGACAGAUGUUGCAACUGAGGCUUUACUGUUCAUGGUAUUUAUCAUGUUCAAACUUAGUAUUAAUCAAAAUAAAAUACAAUAUCCACAACAACCAACAAGUGUAACGGCGAUGUCAACACCUGUUUGGGAGGGUCCGUUGUCGACGUGUGGAGAUGAGCAACUAGUGAGUAUCAAAAUGGCGUUUGUGUUGUCUUCUCAUUUGAGAGGGCCCCAUUCCUGCCUUUGCCUUGGGCCCCAAAUUUGUUAAAUCCGCCACUGCCCAGACUAAUGUGUACUGCACGUUUAAUGUCCUCAUGUUAGUUGCAAAGCUGUAAGCCGCCCAGCUUUUACUUGAUCCAAAUUAAUUAAUAUAGAUCACGACUAAUCGUGAUCCAUAUUAAUUAAUUUAGUCAUAUGGACUUGGUACAUCAGCCUUAGCAGUGAUCAUAACGUUAUCUGAAUGGCAUAUGCACUGUUUAAUGUUGAUUUUCUUUUUUCCCCAUUUCUAAAUUAUUUCAGGAACUGUCAGCAACGAUCCUGUCUCUCCUGCAUACAUACCAUCGAUCUUCCAACACCUGCCAUCCUCAAAAAAAACCACGAAGACAGCGAGCUCUUCAAAGCUACAUGCACAGAGAGGAUGCAAAAAAAGAAGGGAAAUUCAAAGACACACUGAAGCUGCCAGAGUGUUGUUAACCAUGCAUGCAACUUUUCAGGAUGUCCCCAGCCAGAAGACACACUGGCAGAGACAGUGGUGGACCCAGAAAUGAAAGCUGAUGGGAAAAAUUGUGCUUUUCUCGUCACUGUUUUUAUGGCUAAAUGCUUACUGGUGGAAUCCAGACAUAAGGAACAUUUUUUUAGAACAGGUGAGAAAUGAUGGGGAGACUUGGUUAUGAGACUAUGUUAUUGUUUGACAUUUAACCCCAAAGAAUGUAAAGAAUGACAUGACAAACACUGCAAUAAAUGUCAUUGUUAA